AACUUCUCAAAACCACCAAAAGGGCAGUCCACAACACCCAUUAUGAACCCACGCACCCUCUUCUCACAAGCAUCUGUUCUUUGUCGGGCUGUUCCCACUCUCAUAACCCCAAUCACAUCGCGCACCCACAUCACCUUCCCCCACCCAGACCUUGACCCUUCAAACGGCCACACCUGUUUUGCUAUUCGCGCCUUCAAUAAUAUCCCUUCACUCAUUCACGCCUAUUCCAUUGUCAAGGCCGUAGAAUCCAAACUAGGCACCUCUGUGCUGAACAUUCAAAUGCCCAAGCAGCAAGAUUCUCUGCAACCGGGCCCUACAAUCUUCAUCGAGACUCUCCGACCAGCCAAGCUGGACAAGCCUCUCUUACUCGAAAUACCCUCUCCCCAACUUUCCUCAGAGUCAAAUUUCCUCGGAGGUCCUAGUUUGAGCGACGUAUCUCGCGUCCUUUCCGAAGAACCUAUCUUCAACUCUACAAUCGACGACUCACCUUCUGGCCGGAAAGAUGCACCGUUGCAGUUUAGAGUGGAGGUGCAAAAGCGCAAGCCUAGAGAAUCAGGGAAAGCUAGGAGAACGGCGGGCUUUAGACCAAAGCAGGGAGGGAAGGAUGCGGCGGAGAUUGUUGAGGCUUUGAAGGAGUUUGAUGGGGGGUUCUUUGGAGGAUUCGAAGGUGUGGCUGAGAAGUUUGAGGCAAUGUUAGCCAACCACCAGGGAGUAAAGCCUCAGGCCAAAAAGGCACCAGUGAAAGAAGAGAGAAUAGAAACUGAAGCAGGGAAGGCAUAGAGUGACACUGGAUAGUUUAGG